GUAUCGCGACACGACCUCAAAUGUAGGCUGGCCUUGACUCUCAUCGUGCCUUUUGAUUGAACCUUUUCCUCUGAAAACUUCGAAAUAUUGCAUUCCAUACUUUUAUAAAACAUUACCUCCAACCUCCUGAAAUCAUGGCGGAUUCAGAGACUAUAGCGGCGUGGGCGGCUUUGGCCGCUGCACUCCUCGCCCUGGUUGUUGCACUCGCCCAAGCCGCGCAGCAGUAUGCCGCUACGGCACAUGAUAUGAAGAAAUGCGAAAGGUCGAUUUGGGGGCCCAUGCCUGGCUAUGCUGGCCGUCGUGUCUUUCUCUGGCGCCAGAUUCGGUUCCGCAUCGUCUUCGACGUCCCCAACAUCUUCAUCCCCACUGAAUAUUGGGACAAGCCAGGCAAUGCGCGACAAUUUCCCACCCAUCGAAUAACCACCUUGCCAGCUCCUUUUGAUCCCCCUUCUGUAAACACAGACACGGAGAGUGCAAUACACAACCACUCAGAAGCUUGUUGGGUCGCUUUCGCAAGGCAAGUCAGCCAUGUCUGUCCCUCUGCCGUCCGCGUCGGCCUCAUGGCCGGCGAUGCGGAUAGACUCCCCGCCGAUAUCCCGGUGGUGCCUAUGCAGGUGAGCCUGCGGGAUAUCAUCGCUUUUGGUUUGAUGAUCGGCAUGAAUAUUCAGGAAGCCAGCAAGGACUAUAUCGAAAUGAGCGGGCCGUUUGGCUUCAUCAAGAGCAGUAGCCACCCAAUCCUCGGCAGCAUGAUUCAUUUCUCCGCGUUUUCGACAACACCCCAUAUCAAAGGACUUAAGACGGGCGAUAUCAGUAAAUCUUGGCUCCGCCGACUCAUCGGUAUUGCAUCUGUUGCCAAGAAGCAAUUUGAUGAGCCGAAAAGGCGCUCUUAUGCGGCCACCAUGAUGAGAUGGCGCACGAAUUCCACACGAAUCCCAUCCAAAAUCGAGAAUUUAGGACAGUGACAAGACGGGGAAGGGGAAAGAAGGAGGAGAAUCACAACUCAAGUUUAUCGAUCUUAAAGGGAAAGAGCACACCGUGCCCGCGGACAACUGUUCAACAUGGCAAGAUCUGGUGCAGUUUCUUGAAAGUAAUGGCAUCGCAACAGCUCCUUACAUCAUCCUUGGCCCAGAGAAUAAGGCGGUGCCCCGCAAGUCGUGGAAAGCCUUGCUGAAGGUUGUGCGUAAAGGCCAUUUGAAAAUUAUCUUCAAG